UUUGUUACAGAAGUUUCUGGAAACUUUUACGGACGAAAACGAAACUCAGUUUCUGCAACUGUACAGAGCUGACCUCGCACUGUCAAUUGGAAACACAGAUGAAGCACUGAAUAUCUUAGACGGCGUUCCACCAACAAAUCGUUGGUUCUUUGACGCUCGACAAAAGAUGGCUAAUAUUUUCUUGAACCAGAAAAAGGAUAAACGAAAGUUUGUUCACUGUCUGAAGUAA